AUGAGUAAUGAUCAAGAACAGUUGAGUACGAUCGAACUGCGCGAGCUGCAGCCGCUACUGGUCCGCACAUUCGGUGAUCGAUUAAUUGUGGUUCGUUAUUCGACUAAAAACUUGUUGCAACCAGGUGAGAAUUAUGGCAGUACCAUAUUAAGUGUUCACGCUGUGAUCAAGCGCAACAAUGAGGCAGAAGAGGAGGAUCUUCAUCUCAUAGCGAAGAUGCCACCGCCAACGGCAUUUCAACGAGAAAUUUUCAAUCCUCCGUACACAUUCAGAAAAGAGAUCUUCAUGUAUGAGAAAAUCAUACCUUCUUAUCAAGAACUAGAGAGAGAAAUGGGCUUGAAGGAAAAUGAAGUAUUCGAUAUAUUGCCAAAGUACUAUCAGUCCCGAUUAUCAUUAAGCCCAGACAUCGAUUUUGACGAUAACGCCGUUAUUUUAAUGGAAAACUUAAGGACUCACGGUUACUACAAUGGCGACAGGAUUAAAGGAUGCGAUCUUGAGCAUUCGAGAGUUGCGAUACAGGCGAUGGCGAGAUUUCAUGCGCUGGGAAUGGCUACCAAGUACAAGCGACCGGAGUAUUUCGAGGUAUUAAAGGAACGUAGCAAAUCUAUAGAAAUGAAAACUGAAGAAUUUGAGCGCUUCCAAGAAGAUAUGCUAAAGAUAAUAGCGAGCGAUUCACAAUUAGCCGUUUAUGUCGAUCGAUGCAGAGUCGUUCUACGUGAUUCGUUUGAACGUGGCUUAUGGACCUCAACGCCCAAUGAGCCUUGGUCCACUAUUAUCCAUGCGGACUUUUGGGUGAACAAUAUCAUGUUCCAUCGCGACGAAAAUGGUCGCGUGGACGAUAUCAAAUUUGUGGAUUUUCAGAAUUAUCUGUUCUUUAGUCCGCUACGCGAGAUGUUCUUUUUCCUCUUCUCUAGCACAGAUGUAAGCGAAGAUUGCCUUGAGGAACUGAUAAAUCUCUAUCACGAGACGUUCUUGGCCGUGCUGGAUCGAAUGGGUUGCGAUACCGAACAAUUCACUAGAGAGAAAUUCGACGCGAAGAUGUCGGAUGAUGCCAGGCUUGAGAGUAUGCAUAUAUUCUUCAUGCUCAAAAUACUCACGUUGAACGUGCAAGAGACCGACUUUAAAUAUGACAACAUGAAAGACUUGAUGAUAACUUACCAGGGCAAUAAAGUGUUUAUUCAACGGUUGCGCAAGGUCGUAUUAUAUUUUGUUAAACAUGAUUGGAUCUAGGCAAUAUAAUAUGAAAAAAAGUAAAUGCCUUGGAAUGUCAAAUCAUAUAUAUAUAUGUGUGUGUGUGUGUGUGUGUGUGUGUGUGUGUAUGCGCGCGCGCGUGCGUGCGUGUGUGUGUUAAGUACGUUUAUUAUUGCACAUAGGAUAAAUGACACAAUUAUGAUAGUUUUUCAAAUAGUGGAAAUUCGAUUUUAAAGCUCCUGAUGAAUAUAUAAUCGCCACGCCUAUAUUCAAAUCGUGCUAUAUUAAAUGUUAUAAGCGAGAAAUCACAAAAAAUUUCUUACAUGUCGCUUGUAAAUAAAGAGAAUUUGAAUAAAACAAAAUGAAAUUGUUUCACAUAA